UUUCAGGCAUUCGUGUAAAAUGGAGGCGUUAACAGCGUUAUCUUUACUUAUUGUCGCUCUAUUGGGACUUUUUGCAACUCCUACGCAGCAGAUAUCUCUGCCCUCUGAUCCCACUUACAAUGCUGGCGUUGUUGAGUUCAUACCCGCCAAGGAGGGUAGCAAGAAAAGGUUGGUCCAUGACAACUUAGGCCGCAUGAAAGCUAUUAUCGAAUCAGAUGCCACUAAGGAUUUGGAUAUUAUAGUAUUUCCCGAAUUUGUUUUAAACAACAAGGAUAUGUUGACAUAUGUUCCCGAUCCCCAAGAUAAAAUUAUACCCUGUGAAGUGGCAAACUAUGAUUGGUUUCUCACCGAGAUUUCCUGUUCCGCACGUAGCCGUAAAUUAUAUGUGGUCAUAAAUAUAGCGGAAAAGGCCCAAUGUUCAUCGACAGUAGACAAAAAGUGCAAGGAUGGCAUAACAAACUACAACACCAAUGUGGUAUUUGAUCGCGAGGGUCGUGUUAUAUCGCGUUAUCGCAAAACUCAUUUGUAUCGCUAUGAGUGGCGUGAUACCAAUGUGAUGGCAACCCCAGACUUGGCUACUUUCACCACAGAUUUUGGAGUAACAUUUGGCCAUUUCAUAUGCUUUGAUAUGUUGUUCUACGAACCGGCCCAAGUCUUAAUACAACAUAUGAAUAUAACCGAUAUUGUCUAUCCUACGUAUUGGUUUUCGGAAUUGCCAUUUUUGACGGCUGUCCAACUACAAGAAGGUUGGGCAUUUGGCAACAAUGUGAAUCUCUUGGCUGCCGAUGCCAGUAAUCCCGAAGGACAAAAUACCGGAUCUGGCAUAUAUGCUGGUCGUUUAGGUCGCCUUAACGCAGUGAUCCAUGAAGAGCCAAAUACUAGAGUUCUAACAGCUAAAGUGCCAAAACGCAAUGCACGUCAAACCUAUCAACCUCCAGUGGCGUUUAAGCCAGUAUUCCAACCUCAAUUAGAAUCACCACGCUUUACCAAGCUUUCCUUAUUGCGUGAUUAUAAUGUGGAUAUUUUCAGCACCAAGCUGCUGAAUGAAACGCUUACACACUUCAAUGAAACAUUGUGUCAUAAUAAUUUCUGCUGCAGUUUUAACAUAGAGCGUACCAAAAUGCAGGAUUCUCCCCUCCACCAGGCGUAUCAGUAUCGCUUGGCUGCAUACAGUGGCACCCAAACUACCUUUCAACGCAUAGACAAUAGCAAUCAAAGUGUUUGCGCCCUGAUGGCUUGCACAGGAGCCGAACUAUACACUUGCGGUCAUAUCUUUCCUGAGAGUGUGCGUGUGGCCAAUAAGUAUUAUUUUAAUGCCAUUACAAUUGUGGGAAGCUUUGUUGAGGCUGAAAGGCGUUUGAUAAUGCCCAGCACUGUGGAUGGUGUGAUGAUGCCGCUGACGGUAGAUAGUUACACUUGGCGAGAGGAAAAGAGGAAUGCCUCAACUCAAGUGCAAAUGAGUCUAAUAUCACCUCAACAAAAUCUCUUAACCUUUGGCAUAUGGGCUAAUUACUAUAGCUCAGUCAGGAAUAGCCACAAUCUUGAUGCAGACAUGAUGACAGCAUCAACAACAGUCUCGACUUCACCAAUCUUGAUUACCACCACAAAUGCCGUGGCUUCCACUUCAACAGUCAGUGUCAGCCUUUUGGUGAAUGUCCUUCCAGCUGUAGUACUGGCAUUUCUAUUAAAAUAUUAAUUGAAUAAUUAUUAUUUUUAUUAUUCUUCUUUGUAUUAAACUCACGUUUAUCCACAGUCUUUUUGGGCCUUCCACAAGGUUCUUGAGUGGGGCCAUGUGGGUGUAUAGAUAGCUACUGUAUUGUCAUGGAAA